AUGAGGGAUGAAACAAAUCCGAGCAGCAAUGGAAUAAGCCAGAAAGAAUACGAGUCGCUCAUCAAAGAAAUCGCGGGAAAAGAACUGACGAAAAAAGAACAGAUUCAAUUCUUCAAACCACCCGCUCCCACCGCUUUCUCUCGAUAUUACAAAGCCCCGCAACCAAAGAAGAAACUUUCAACCGGCAGACUUGAAGCCAUGGCUAGGCCAAGUACUCACACAGUCUUUCGCCAAGAAUCUGAAUGGACAAAGUGGUACAGGAUCAGACAAACAAGCCCUCAGUACGAUGUCGGAUACAGUCAGUUUAUUGCCAACUCUGUUGGAAUUUAUCCAGAAGCAGAGAAAGAAAAUAUCGUCAGGAGGGCAAGAAGGUACGAGCUAAAUUCCGCCUCCCGAGAACGCCACCGAGAACGAAUUUUGAACCGGCUUGAACAUGUCCGAAAAACUCAAAGUGCAAACGACGCCAAUCGAACUCUCCGAAACGAGAAGCAGCAGCAAUCUCCUUUUAACAAAAACCAAAGAGACCUGAACCCAUCGCUUCUUCGGUCAAGAGCGUCGAAAGGUCCUUCCCGACAGAUGAACUUGCUCGAACCAGAAGCUCUGUCGAUUCCCGUUGAUCCCUUCUGUCUGAAAAGACCGCGUCUGCCGAGAUAA